AUUAAUUUGAUUCAAUAAUAUAAAAAUUGUCAUGGACGUGGCUAAACUUGUGUGCUACUGUACUUUUGUAACAGCAUACUUCAUAUGCCAAACAGCCGGAGAUGAGUGUGGCGAUCUACGGGAAAGGUUUGAUAGGCUGGAGAAGGAAUAUUCAAAACUUCAUCAAGAAAAGUUUGACCAGUUAGAGAGAGAAAUUUCAAAACUUCGAAAACAGGUCGCCGAUAUAGAAAACAAUGCGGAGAAAGAACGUGUGCAACGUUACCUUUUGGACGGAGAAGUAGACAUCGAACUUGAAGUCAAGAAACUUAUUCUAGAUGUUCAAGGAAUAAAACAAGAUAUGGGAAGUACGUAUGUACGAUGGGGACGUACAGAAUGUUCCAGCAAUUCCAGCGUUGUUUACAAAGGUUACACAGGAGGGAAAUGGUAUAGAGAUACAGGAGGUCCAGCAAACUAUGUAUGUAUGCCUGAAGAUCCCCAAUGGGCAGAAUACUUAGACGGAUUUCAAGAUAUCGGGAACAGAAUGUAUGGUACUGAGUAUGAAGAUAAUUAUGAGUCAACAUUCAACCCAUUCAGUGUUCAUAGAGAUAACGAGGACGCCCCCUGUGUCGUUUGCAGAUCACAAAGGGCGACAACUGUUAUGAUACCAGCAAGAACUAGCUGCUACAACGGCUGGCACUUGGAAUAUACUGGAUAUCUUAUGACAAUGAGCCGAGCCUAUCAUUCAUCAAGUGAAUAUAUAUGUGUUGAUAAGGAUCCAGAGGUUACAGCGCACGGAAGUACAGAUAAAGAUGGCAACUUGUUGUAUAUUGUAGAAGCAGCAUGCGGUUCUCUCCCCUGCCUGCCAUACGUAGAUGGCAGAGAAUUAGCUUGUGUUGUUUGUAGUAAAUAAAUGCAUUUCCGAUUAAAAUUGUUUUAUCAUAGGAAACAGUAAUUUGUUGUUCUAAGUCAAAGGGGCAGUUCACCAUGUUUAAGUGAUUUUUUCUUUCAGAGAAUGGUUUCUUGAAACGACAUAUUAAUUAAAUCAAGG